AUGUCAAAUUCGACGUCGGCAAUACCAUUCAUUUUGAAUAUGGUCCAGGAAAAACUAGCAUCCAUUGUUCUUCCAUUUUAUUUAAUUCUCGGUAUUGUUAACAAUACUUUUUGCAUUAUCUAUUUCUUACAAAGAGGACAACGUGCAAGUUCAUGUGCAUUUUAUCUUUUAUUGGCCGCUAUUACGAAUAUGUUUGCUGUCAUAUUUGGUUUCACAACUAAUAUGUUAAAUACUUGGAUACCAUUGGCAUCAACAUUGAUGAUUUACUGUAAAUCUCGUCAGUAUAUCAAUCAUACUUUGAUAUUAAUUGGAAGAAUGUUUACAGUUUUGGCUUCGAUAGAUACAUAUGCGAUAACUUCAUCAAAACAAGCAUUUCGUAUGUUUAGUCGACAGUCAAUUGCCAUUAAAUGUCCUUUAGUCGUAGGUUUUUGUUGUCCUCUUAUUGCUGUUCAUAUAGCUAUUAUGAAUACUAUUGUUGCUGGUCAAUGUGUCAUGACAGGUGUCUAUUCGAUAAUAUUUACGAUCUAUCAAAUGUUAAUAGCUGGCAUUAUACCACCAUUGGCAAUGAUAAUAUUCAGUGGUCUUGCAUAUUGGAAUAUGAAAAAAAUUGGUGUUCGACAUGAUGAAAUACUGCAUCGAACAAAACAAUAA